AUGGCAUCGACUGCUGUAUCGUCGACGAACAAAGCCAAACAAGCAACAAAUAAUGCCACGACAGAUGGCACACCCAUAACAGAAGAAGAAUUAAAGCAAAAAGGAACACCGAUCACGGUUGAUGAUAUCUUUCGACUGCAAAAGUCGACCAAUGGUUACUUGACUGAAACAGAUGACAAUGUAUAUAAAAUCGACUUCGUUCAUUUCCGUAUUCGUGAUAUGAAAACAAACAAGGUUCUUUUCGAAGUUCAGCGAGAAUGUGAUGAAGAUGAAGCGAUGGACAAUGAUGAUCCAUCAGCUGGUCGUUUUGUUCAAUAUCAUUUUCCACCAUCAUUUCUCAAAUUGAAACAAGUUGGCGCCUUGGUUGGUUUCAAAGUUGGUAAUCGUGAAGUAAAAUCGUUUCGAAUGAUUGAACGGCACUUUUUUCGUGAUCAACUUAUCAAAUCUUUCGAUUUCGAUUUUGGCUUUUGCCCGCCAAAUACAACUAAUUCCAUUGAACACAUUUAUGAUAUGCCUGAUAUCGACUCGAAACAAAUGAAAGAAAUGAUUAAUCAUCCGAAUGAAACCAAAUCUGAUAGUUUUUAUUUUGUUGAUAAUCAACUAAUCAUGCAUAAGAAAGCAACUUACGCAUUCGACCUUGAUUAUUCUCAAUAA